AUGGGUGAAAAUGAGAACUUUGAAACAAAUUACAUAUGGAAAGUGGGCGAAGUAGCCAUAGCCUGGCUGUCCAAGAAAACUUACGCAAAAGUCACUGUAGUGAAGGACAAUCGUGGCCAUUUUCAUGGUGAUAAGGGCGUAACAGUGGAAGAUGAUGGUUCUACGGAGAAAGUGAAAUGGAAGAAAGAACUUUGCUAUCAUGUUGAAACUUUUGUCACGAAACAGAAACUUUGGAUUCCAUGGACUUGUUUACGUCUCGCGGAGAGGUGCAGGCCGUUCUACGGGCCUAGCAGAGUGGUCAAACCGAAGGGUGUGGUCACUAAAACUAGCCCUGGGACGGGGUCUGUGAAGAAGGUCACUAAGGUAGAUCCCCUGCUACCCUUCAAUGUGAAGCCAGACCACUACAAGACGCCUGACUUUAAUGCCAAAUAUGAUCAGUCGCAUCAACCACUCAAGCAGGGAAAAGUUGAGAACUCUUUUAAGGAGUUUGUGCGGAGGGGAAAGGAGAUGUUCUUUGAUACAUAUUACAAGGUGCUGAUGAUGGAGAAUACUAUUGAGAGCCGGGACACACUAGAAUAUCUUCUGCAAGUGGACGCCAGUACUGAAGACAAGUUCGACUUGGUCAUCAAGAACAUAAUGACGGAGAGAGAGAUAGAAGAUUACCUGCACCAGUGCUGGAGAUACAACUACGUGCAUAAGCGACUUCCGGCGAACGCCGAAAAUGAUACAGGAGAGAAUACACCAGUUCGAAAAGUAGCUCCUAUAUCGUGGUGCCUCGUGUGCGGGAGUAAUGAGGGCAGGCGCCGCGAGUGCCCGCGCUGUCCUGUCUCGUACCAUCCCGCCUGCCGCAAGGAAUGGCUCGUCAAAAUCAUACGUAAGUUAUAUCAAAGAGGAUUGUAAGUAUCAAUCCA